UAUGUAAAUGUCAACAUCAUGUGAACAGGAAUGAUGCUUGUCAGGUAAAACGUUGACGUAAUUCAAUCACCGACAUUUGAUCUUCUUCCGAUCUGCGUAAGCGUUACCGUAGAAACAAGUUGACAACAACUUUCAGCCAAGUUAGCCAGACAUGCUUAGGACUGUCUGCUGUAGAAAUGUUUCAUUUAAGAUUCACAUUGCUUGUUUUCGGAAGUGUCGUUCUAGCCAUUAACUUCAUCUUUACCUAAGAAAAGUGGAUGUUUUAACUACAGCUACAGACUCUUAUCUGUAUUAGACGUCCAGAGAACAUGUUGUGACUCCUGCGAUUCAAAGGAACCGUUUAGCGAGUUUUAUCAAACGAUGUCGCACAGCACAUACAAUAAACUCUGGUUUGAAGCUCAUGAGGAGCUCAGCUGUUUGCUGGCCCAAGAACUCCCAGAAGAACCUCUCCGUCCUGAGAGAGACAGAGUGGUGUUCUUCCAAAGGCUCGCCACCUUGUACGUCCGCUAUGUUCAGAUCUUCAGGCAGCUGGAAGAGGCCUAUGACCAAAGCGUUCACCCCCAAAAGAGGCGUGUGAUUAGGCAGGUGCUGGACAGUGUGAUGGGACGUGUUCUGGAGCUCAAGAACGAAAUGGUGGAAAAGGAAUUUUCAGAGUACCACUAUAUGGAUGACAUCAUCCAGGACCUGAAAUUAACCCCUGAGGACCUUGAGAUCCCAAUUCCCAGGUAUUUCAUUUGUGAGCGGAACGAAGUGCUGCAGGACAGAGAAAGAAUGUUUGCUGCUAUAUUAAACCAAAUGGAUGUUACAGAAAAGACAGGACCUCAUGUAAUGCGUAUGUUGACUCUGGAGAGGGCCAUUAAAGUCAUCCAAGUGGCUGAAAGAGCACGGCAAGGCCGACUGAGGGCAAAAUUCAUGAGAGAGAUCCAUAAAGACUCUGAGAGACAGAAGAAAGCUGACGAACAAGAGGCAGUUACCACUGACCAGGCUGCAGUUUGUAUCCAGAAGGUGUGGAGAGGCUUCAUGCAAAGGAAAAAGACAAAAAGGCUGCGUGAGGAGGAAAUGAUAUUCCUUGGAAUGGCCAUGGAUCCAAAACUGUCCUAUCCAUCCCAAAACGAGCUGGCUGCCCAGAACAACAAGGCCAACAGGCGGACCAGGCAAGAGGAACAUGAGGAUGACUAUCAGAAGUCCAUCGGAUCCGUUAUUUAUCAGCUCAGGGAGGUGGAGGGCCCAGAAAUGAAGGAGACCAUGAAAGAUCAGAUUCGACAGUGGUUCAUAGAGUGCCGUGAUGCAACAGGCUCAUUUCCUGACUACCCAGAGGAGGAGGAUGGAGGUUCAGCUCUUAUAUUCGCAGAAAAAACACCUGAGGAGCUGGCAGAAGAGCUGGCAGCAAAAGAGGAGGAAGAUGCCAACAAAAAGCCAAAGGGCAAGGAGGAGAUAAAAGAAAAAGGAAAGAAAGGGAAUAUCGAAGACGAGGAGGAAGAGCCUGGACUGAAGAUGCUUCCUUCUGCCUAUCUGGCAGAUCUUAAGACGGAACACAAGACAUUUUCUGAGGUUUGGCAAAACAGAAACGAGUCCAAGAAUUUUAGUCAAAGGCACGAGCUGGAGCUGAUAAAAGAAGAGAAGAGAAAAGAGAUUGAGGUGGAAAUAAGAAAACAGGUGGAUGAACUGAUGAGACAGGAGCUGGCUAAUUGGAAGCUGGCUGUGGAUAAAGAAAAAAGCGGAAAGGUCAAGGGUGCUGCAAAGAAAAAGAAGGCAUCAAAAAGUGGAAAGAAGAAGAAGGAUAAAGACCUUACAGCGGAUAGGACAACCGAGUCACUGUUUGAAGAGCUGGUUGAACAGGAAUUGCUGAAAAAGGCAGAUAAUGUUAAACUAAAAGAUUAUCUAGGGGACUAUAGCUACCUUGGCACAACUCUACGACAGUCUGACAUUGAGCCUAUGCCAUCGUUAUCUGAUGUUCGGCAAGUUGUAGCACUUUAUGCUGUCUUACCAUUAGGUUCUCAAGCAGUUCAUGAGAAGGCUCCCCUGGUGAAGACUAUCCUGCUAGUAGGGCCAUCAGGGGUGGGUAAGAAAAUGUUGGUCCAUGCCAUCUGCCAGGAGACAGGGGCCAAUCUGUUCGACCUUUCACCUUUAAACGUGGCUGGAAAAUAUCCUGGCAAGAGUGGAUUGCAGAUGAUGCUGCAUCUGGUGUUUAAGGUUGCCAGAUUGAUGCAGCCCUCUGUAAUAUGGAUUGGAGAUGCUGAAAAGAUGUUUUACAAAAAAGUACCAAAAGAUGAAAAGGAGUUAGAUCCGAAACGUCUGAAGAAAGAUUUGCCCAAAAUCCUCAAGUCCAUCAAAGGAGAAGAUUGUGUUUUAAUCGUAGGAACGACAAAUGAUCCACACAGUGCAGACCUGAAAUCCUUGUGCAAAUUCUACAAUAAGAUCAUACUCAUACCUCGACCAGACUAUGCAUCAAGAUAUGUAAUGUGGAAAGAGCUGAUACAAAAGAAUGGAGGAGAAAUGACCAGCGACCUGGACCUCAGUUCUCUGGCAAAGAUCUCUGAUGGCUACACACAGGGUCACAUGGUGCAGGUGGUGCGUAGCAUCGUGACUGUACGGCGUAUUCAGCAAUUGCCUAAACGUCCACUAACUGCUUCAGAGUUUGUGCCUCCACUUGCUAGAAUUGACCCUGUGUUUCAGGAAGAAGAAGAGGCACUAAAAAACUGGUAUGCCAAGACUCCCCUUGGAAGGAAGAGAAUUAAAGCUGCCUCAGGGAAAGAGGGUGAUGAAGAGUCCCCAAAAACAGGAGGCAAAGGCGGCAAGAAGAAAGGAAAAAAGUAACAAUAUAAAUGUUAACAUGAUCAACCACAGUAGCAUAUUUCCCUGCCUUGACCAAUAAAUGUAUUGAUUUGCUUAUGCCAUCAUUAUCUUAUGACAGUAUACAUAUUUUUUUUGUUCCCAAAUCCAAAUUGAGGAGGUGGCACAACAGGGUUUGUGGUUCUAUAAAUACACAGAUACCAUCCUCCAUUUAAGAGCAUGUAAACCACAGUGUGAAAAACAUGAUCAGAGGGCUUGUCGUAUCUAACACGUACUUCUCCGCCCUUAACAAACUUGCAUAAAGCCUGCACAGUUUUGUAACUGUCAAAAAGUGUAAAUGCUAGCUUAAGCCUCAAAAGCAAAGUAAUGAUGAUACAUUAUUCUGAUAUAACAAUCAGAUAUAUGAUGGCGGCUAAAAUGUGGAUCUCAGGAUAAAUUUAGAUUCAGUAAUUGUAAUGAGUAAAAUUCGUAUUGUGGUCGGUUGAAAAUGGCCAAUGUAACUACAAACCUUUACAUGGCUUCCAUUUUGGUGGUCCAUCUCUUCAUUAGUCUUCAUUAGUAAAGCACAAUCUGUCCUGCAAAUUUAUAUCUAAAGGGAUAAUACACUAACGUUCAAAAGUUUGGGGCUGGUAAGUCUCUGUAUUAGAAUAAAAAACAAACAGUGAAAACAGUAUUAUUGUGAAAUAUUAUUACAAUUUAAAAUAACCGAUUUCUAUUUUAAAAUGUCAUUUUUUUUUUUUUUUUUUUCCUGUGAUGACAAAGCUGAAUUUUCAGCAGCCUUUACUCUAGUCUUCAGUCACAUGAUCCUUAAGAAAUCUAAUAUGCUGAUUUCGUGCCCAAGAAUAAUUUCUCAUUAUUAUCAAUGUUGAAAACAGUUGUGCUGCUUAAUAUUUUCUGGAAACCGUGAUACAUUUUGUCUGGAUUCUUUGAUGAAUAGAAAGUUCAGAAAGAACAGGAUUUAUUUGAAAUUGAAUGUUUUUGUAGCCAUUUAAAAUUCUUUACUUUCAAUGUAAUCCAUCCAUGCUGAAUAAAAAUACAAAAAACAAACACACUUACUUCUGAACGGUAGUGUGCAUACCUAUACAAUCUUAAUUCAAGUAUUCUAUAGAUAUUCAAGCUGCACUUUGCUGGCAAGACCUCUGCAAGUGCACCAGCCUGCUAAAAAUGUAUUUGUGAUUUAUUUAUGUAUUUUAAGUGAAGCUAAGAGGUUUCCCUGCAUAAGAAUUCUUCCUCGUGUCUGCUGUGCGAUGUUGGGGUCCAUACAUAGAGGUGAAAAGACAGUAUGUGCUUCAGAUGUGUCAAGGACAACUAAUGGGAGAAGGGGAUUUUGUAGCCCCAGUUAGACAUGUGGAUCUGUGAUUGGUCUGGGCUGAAACUGAGACAGCCCCCAGACUAGGGUUUAAAGGAUUAUUUCAGAUCAACAAAUGGACAGCCACUCUGUCAAAGCAGCGUAACUCAGUGCUGGUAAACAUGUAGAUCUGCAUAUUUCAUUGAAGUAGAACUUAUGUGAUUUCACAAAGUUAAAAUUAAGGUUUGGUGCUUCAUUUUACUUAUGAUUUUAAUGCAAAGCAGGAACAAGUUGCACAAUAGCAUCAACAUCAUUGAUAUCCUGAAGGUCAUGCUGUUUUCGCUCUCUCUCUCUAGUUACACUCACGUGCCAACUGUGUCAUCAUGGGUACUAUGGAUUGAAUUUAGCCAAAUCACUUUACGUUUAUAUAUAUUUCUAAAGCAUGAUUAAAAAACACUGUUGCAAGUUA